CGGCUUUGUGACGUAAGAGUCACGUGGUUUGGUUUCGUCCCUCUUUCGUUUGAGACGGACUAGCUAACACAGCCAACUUGCCCCACUUCUUUGUGACCAGACUUCUAAGAGCCAGUGAUUGUACGAACAAGGAUUAAAGAGCAGAUUCACUUUAUUGGUAAUUUCUUUCGGUGACGUUUCUCUUGGCUCCAGGAGGCAACAUCUGUGCCGCCAUGUACAAUGGCAUAGGCCUGACCACUCCUCGGGGCAGCGGCACCAACGGUUACGUGCAGCGUAACUUAUCCAGCCUGCGAGCGAAGCGGCCGCGAGAUGAACGCGGUGGUGAACGGGACGAGAAAGAUCGGGAGAGGCUAGAGAGUCAGCUCAACAGGCAGCCCAACGCCGACAUCCUGGAGCACCAGAGGAAGAGACAGCUGGAGGUGGAGUGUGCCAAGCUGCAGGACAUGAUGGAGGAGCAAGGAUACUCUGCAGAGGAGAUUGAGGAGAAGGUGAACAGUUUUCGAAUGAUGCUGCAGGAACAACAGGAGACGCCCGCCUCUGGUGACAAAGCCACUGUGACAGAAACUCACGCUCUGGCCGCCGCCAACCAGCAGAAGAAUGAUCGUCUGCGGGCGGCCUUUGGGAUCUCCAGCGACUACGUGGAUGGAUCGUCAUUUCAUGCUGACCGCAAAGAAAAGGAGAAAGAGAAGAGAGAGCAGGAGCGUCUGGAGAGGGAACAGCAGCAGCAGCAGCAGCAAUACACGUUGGUAGAAGACUCUGAUGACUCGGAUUCCCCGCCAAAGAAACGUAGUCGCAAGAAGAAGAAAAAGAAUAAGAAGAGAGCUGGCUCACAGAGCCGCUCGCCAUCUCCCGGCAGAGAGAAAAGAUCAAAGAAGAAGAAGAAGAAGAAACGAGAACCUUCUCAGGAAGAGCAGCAAGACGGUUCCUCAGAUGAGAAUCAGAAGACGUCCAAGAAGAAGAAGAAAGGAGCGAGUAAAAGUCCUGCAAGGAUGAAGGCGGUACGGCACAGGAGCGUCUCGUCCGCAUCGUCUCACAGUUGCUCCCCUGCACCGUCAAGGUCUCGUCAGCACAAGACGCACAAAGAGGACAACGGACGCAGACCAUCUCCACACAGGAGAGCAAACCACCAGGAGCAAAGAAUACCACCUGUAGGAGGUCACGAGAGGAGAGAGGAGAAGGAUGCAGAGAGAACAAAGACCUCCCUCGCCAAAAGACAAGGCUCUUCAUCCCCUUUGUCUCCUCCUCGGGAGAGAAGCAGAGACGUGCAGAAGCGGAGGCGCUCCAGGAGCAAAGAGCCUGAGAAGAGGAGACGAGCAACGGAGCAGGACCGGCGGAGAAGAUCCAGAAGCAAAGACGCAGAAAAGCAGGGAGGUGCAGAAAGUGUACAACAGCAGAGGAGCAGAGACAUAGACACGAGGAGACAUUCGGGGAGCAGAGGAAAGACUUCUCCCCCCCGCAGGAUGAGGCACGACUCCUCUUCUCCUUCUCCUCCUCCUAAACUGGACAGCAGGAGUGGUGGGAACAGAGGUGUGGAAUGUGAGGAGGACAAGAGGCUCAGGAAACAUCGAGACGCAAAGACGUCACCUCCGCCUCCUCCCGCGAGGAGGACCAGAGGAGAAAGCAGGUCUCCUCCUCCAAGGACCAAUGACAUGACAAGACUUCAGCCCCCUGCCCCCACGUCCCGCCUCCGAUCACCCCCCAGAAAGGACGAGGACACGAGGCGCAGGGCAGACGACCGAGGGCGGGGCCUGGAAGGAAGCAGGAAGUCAGACGAGGCAGCAGGAAGUAAGACGAGUGAAGGCAGGAGGAAGGAGAUUCAAGGAGACAGGAGGAGGAAGCAGGCGGAUGACAGCAGCGACAGUGACUCCUCAUCUUCCUCCUCCUCCUCCUCAUUGUCCUCAUCCUCGUCUUCCUCCUCAUCCUCAUCCUCUGAAGACGAGGACAAAACAAAGACGUCUUCCAGUAAAGACGAGCGUUGCUCGUCUGCUGUCGGGGAAGCCGUUCAACGCUAUAUCGCCAAUGGACGAAUGGCAAGCUCCGCCUCCCCCACCAGUCCUCGGACGCAGCCGGAUGGCAGCGAGCGCCGCCCCCACCCAGCACCUCUGCUGCCCACUCCAAGUAAAAGCCACCCAAGAUGUAGUCCCUGUCCGCCCCCCGGCCCCCGCCUAACUGGACCAGAUAGGGUGGUCAGAGUUGACCAUUCCAGACGGGUCACAAAGUCUAGUCCCGCAACCAGGAGGUCACGCUCCCCCCCGACCCGUGCCACCCCACCCAAACAGUACCAGGACCCACUUCCCUACCCCAGGAGAACCAGUCCUUCCUCUGACAGGGACAGAGACCGCCAGAGGGACAGAGGACGCGAACGUGCCGCCAGACGCAGCAGGUCCAGGACCAGGAGCCCGAUGAGGAUUAAUGGAUCUCGGAACCGGAGCCCUAGGAGGCGCAGCAGAUCAAGGAAUUGGAGCCCGAGAAGGCGCAGCGAAUCAAGGAACUGGAACCCCAGAAGGAGAAGCAGUUCCAGGAACCAUAGCCCCAGGAGGCGAAGCGGUUCCAGGAACAAAAGCCUGAGGAGGCGCAGCGGAUCCAGGAACCGGAGCCCCAGGAGGCGCAGCGGAUCAAGGAACCGGAGCCCCAGGAGGCGCAGCGGAUCCAGGAACCGGAGCCCCAGGAGGCACAGCGGAUCCAGGAACCGGAGCCCCAGGAGGCGCAGCGGAUCCAGGAACCGGAGCCCCAGGAGGCGCAGCGGAUCCAGGAACCGGAGCCCCAGGAGGAGCCCUGUUGUCAGGUGUCGCCGUCCUCCUUCACCGCCGCGCAGGAAGCAGAGCAGUGGCUCGCCAUCGCCUACGCUUAAGAAGCAAAUCAAUCGCUCUCCAUCACCACCGCGGGGGAGGCGGAGCUGUGGAUCUGCAUCCACACAAAGAGACACGGGAGAUCAGAGAGAGACGGACAAAGAGCGAGGGAGAGAGAAGGAACGCGUCCUUGUGAAAGACACCCGUCAACCCAGCAGAUCUUCAUCCUCAUCUUCCUCUAGCUCCUCCACUUCGUCGUCGUCAUCAUCCUCCUCUUCAUCCUCUCCCUCGCCGCCUAUCCACAGCAGACAAAGAUGUGAUGUGACAGAAGACAUGGAGAACAAAAGGCGAGAAGACAGGAUGCCGAAAAGUGGCUCUGCCCUCCGCAGAGAUGCCGCUGUGACCUCCAGGCCACCGGCUGGCAGCCAAUCACAGCGCAAGGACUCCUCUCACUCUCUGGACAGGAAGCCGUCGCCACCUGCAGUCCGCCAGUCGUCGCGACAGGAAGCGCGAGUGGAGCGCGCGGUUAACGGGAAGGAGAACAAGACUGACAAAGGAAACAGCAGCUCCUCUUCGUCCUCGUCCUCCUCUUCAUCCUCCUCAUCCUCAGACAGCUCUGACUCUGAGGACCAAGAAAGGAAAGAAAGAAAAGGGAAAGAUAAAGCUCAGUCUUCACGCUCCUCAUCCUCAUCAGACACCGACACAGACCACAAGAAGAACAACAACAACAAGAGGCUUCCGGUCGACUCACUACGAGAUUCCCGCUCGCUCAGUUACUCUCCUCCUCGACACAUGCAAGGAGAGCCUGCCAACCCGAGCCGCAGAAGGUCACCAGGCCGCACAUCCACCAGCAACAGCAGGAGGAAAUGAGAGCCCAUCAGAGGCAUCUGUUCCAGCAGAAGAGGGCCGCGGUGUGGGUCAUGUGACCGUCUUGUGACUUUGUUGUGUAGUUGAAUGUAGUGACGUUCUUUCAUGAUGCUUCCUAAGAACAAUAAAGAUAAGUGUACAUUUUA